AUGGAUGGAAGCUCGGAUGCCGUGCACCUCGCCUAUGUGCGAGCUGGAUACGCUGCGCUGGUCGUAGUCCUCCUACUGCUAGGCGCGGAUGCACAUUUUCAUGGUCGUCCUCGGCACGCACCUUUACCUGCAACCCAGUACCUCCGAAUCCCGCGAAUUAAAACGGUCCCGGUUACCGUACACCGUUCUCAGCUGGGUCAUUCUGGUCUUAUGCUCUGUUGGAACGGCUGUCGACUUGAGGGAGAUGUAAAAGGUGUUUAUUCUGCCCAAGUAUGGAUUGGGCGAUGUCGUUGCUUCAGAGUUGUCUUGGUGGUCGAUUCUGGGAGGUGUUUGUAUUCUUGUUGGGAACCUUCUCGGGGACGGGUUGCUGGUAGGCUAUUCUUUAAGGGUAGCUUGUACAGAUGCUAUCUGGUCUGGCAAGAUAUCUGGUGGGUAAUGGUGUUCCCGGCGGUUACCUUCCUGGCGUUCGUCGCGCAAGGAAUCGCAUUUCUAGCGACAUCCUCAGCCCCAGGGCAGCCUGCACCCUACGCUCUAGCCUCCGCCUGGUACAUCCUCUCAGCAGUCUUCAACAUCACCGUAACCGGCCUCAUCGUCGGCCGACUUAUGCACGCCCGCUACCAAGUCUCCAAACUCGUUACUCUGGUGGAUAUGCGCCUUUACACGGGCCCGGUGGCGAUCCUGGUUGAAUCUGCUCUUCCUCUGUGCUUGGCGGCGAUUGCGGCUGCCAUUGUCAACCUCCCGCAGGUUGCUCAUCCGGCUGGGUCGUUCUUCACCUCGCUAUGGGUUGCUUUAAGUUCGUUUUGUCCUCAGCUUAUCAUCUUUAGAGUAGCGUCGGGACACUCGUAUACCGGAGAAAACGUUGUACGGUCUCUCAAGCUCGAAGAUUUCGAGUCCUUGGAGCUUCGGGCCAAUUCUAACUCUGAUUAA